AUGGCGACUCAAACAACGACAACUGUUAACAAUGAUAGUGAUGUAAGACUGAGAGAAAAAAAAGGAACAGCAGCAAAACAAAAUGGUAAUGGUUUACAUGACGAUAUGAAGUUGUUAUCAACAGCUGAAGAAACAAGUCGUGAUGAAGCGACAACAUCACCAAGGUCACAAGUAUCAACAUUUGAACAAGCAUUUUUCUUAGGUUUAACUAUUGAUGAUGCGCUUAAUUCAACUGAAAAUCUUUUAGAAUUAUUCUAUAAUUCAUGCAAAUAUAAUCAAUUAGAACUUGUGAAACGAUGUGUUGAAGAAAAACAUGCGAAUGUGAAUGAACCAUAUAAUAAUGAUUAUUCACUAUGCAUUGCUAGCCACAAAGGUCAUCUCGAAGUAGUUCGUUAUUUAUUAGCACAUGGUGCUGAUGUUCAUGUCAAGCGUGAAUUGAAUCUAUUAGCUACACGUGGAAAUCAUCGUCUAUCACGAGCUAAUUUGACUUAUGGUGAUAGUCCACUUUCACUCGCAGUUAAAUAUGGUUUUGAAGAUAUUGCUAUAGAACUUGUCGAAAAUGGAAGUGAUAUAUUGAAUGAAAAUAAUGAAUUUGAAAAGUCUCCAUUACAAGAUGCUAUUCGACUUAGUCGUAUUCGAAUUUUAAAUGUUUUUAUUGAUAAGCUUAAAAGAACAAGAGCAUUUCGUAAUGAUGAUGAGACAUUAUUAAUACAAAAGAAAGGUGAUAUUCUUCGUCAAUGUCUUAUUAAUGAUCAAAUAGAAGCAUUACGUAUUUUUGUUCCUAAUGUAUGGGAAGAACUUAAUAGUGACUUUAUGUUUACUGUAUUAAAUAAUCUUAUGUUAAAAAAUAAAAUUCAAUCGGACAAAGCAUUUGAUGUAUUGGAAACUAUACUCGAGGCUAUACCAUCAUCGAAAUUAAAAAUGUAUGAUAUUGGUGAUUUACUUAGACGAUUUUUACAUAUUUUACAAGCACAAUUCGUAACAAUUUGUGAUGAUCGAAUUCAACUUCUUUAUUUACGUACAUCAUUAUUAUUUACUAUACUGAAAUAUCAUGAGACAAUUGAUUUUACUACUUAUUUAGAAUUAUUAGAUGCUUAUUUUCGUGCUAUUUAUGAUAGUGUUGAAAGUGCCGGCGAAGGCGUCAAUCAAAUAUACGAAUAUAUUGUUCGUUUUUAUGAAAAUCUUAUUUUAAUGGGUCAUCUUGAUCUAACAAAAAAUACUGUUAUUCUUAAAUUACUCGAAUGUGAACAUGUUCAACAAAUGCAACCUAUUGAUAUGUAUUUAUCAUGGCGUGCACGUAAUCCAUUUUUAUUGAAAGAAAAAUGUCGUCUUAUCAUAAAAAAUACGUUACCAUCUUAUAAACGGGGUACAAUUGAAAAACUAAAUAUUGAUGAAGAUACAUUUUUAUAUUUAUACUAUCAACGAUAG